UAAAUGGAACCAAGGAACAAUGUGACUUACUUUGUCCUCUUGGGCCUCACACAGAAUCCAAAGGAGCAGAAAGUCCUUUUUGUUAUGUUUUUGCUCUUUUAUAUUUUGACCAUGGUGGGCAACAUGCUCAUUGUUGUGACUGUGACUGUCAGUGAGACCCUGGACUCCCUGAUGUACUUUUUUCUUGGUGGUCUCUCAUUUAUGGAUGUCCUUUAUUCCUCUUCCAUUACCCCCAAAUUGAUUUUUGACUUGUUCUUUGGGACAAAUACUGUAUCGUUCUAUUGUUGUAUGAUUCAGCUCUUUGCAUCACAUUUGUUUGGUGGAUCAGAAGUCUUUCUUCUGUUGGUGAUGGCCUAUGACCACUAUGUGGCCAUCUGCAAGCCCUUGCCUUAUUUGAUUAUCAUGAGGCAAUGGGUGUGUGUUGUACUGCUAGUAGUGUGUUGGGUUGGAGGUUUUCUGCACUCAGUAAUUCAACUUAGCACUAUUUAUGGGCUCCCAUUCUGUGUCCUCAAUGUGAUUGAUUGUUUUUCCUGUGACAUGUACCCCUUAUUGAAACUUGUCUGUGCUGACACCUCUGUCAUCAGCCUCUUAGUGGUGGCCAAUGGAGGACUGAUCUGUACUAUUGUGUUUCUAUUGUUACUCAUCUCUUAUGGUGUCAUCUUGUACUCUCUAAAGAACCUUAGUCAGGAAGGGAGGCGGAAAGCCCUCCAGACCUGUGGUUCUCACAUCACUGUGAUUGUCUUCUUCUUUGUUCCUUGUAUUUUCAUUUAUGUAAGACCUGCAAAGACCUUCCCCAUUGACAAAUCAUUGAGUGUGUUUUACACAGUUGUAACCCCUAUGCUGAACCCGUUAAUCUAUACUCUGAGAAAUUCAGAAAUGACUAAUGCUGUGAAGAAGCUCUGGAGAAAAAAUGUCACAUCAACUAGUAAGUAA